AUGAAUAUGAAACAUUUGGAAGAUGAAGCCCGAAAAGCUGCUUUAAAUGAAAUUAAAAACAUGUUUAAAACGCCAUCUCAACUAGAAAAACUUUCUGAAUAUAAAAGACGAGCAGAAAUGAAAAAAGCUUCAGCCGACGCUUUGUUAAAAUCUAAAAUCCAAAAUCAACUCGAAAGUGUUAAGGUUGGUAUAAAGCAAUUAAAAGUAUGUCUUUCAGAAGUACAAGAUGCUACAAAUAGAGUAUAUGAUGUAAAUAAUCUAUUAGAACCACUUCCUAUAACUUAUAACAACUUGGAAGAUUUUCGCUCAGAAGUAAUAAAGUAUGCUCAGUACGGAACUGCAAUGGAACAUUUAACAAAUAUUGCCAAUAUAGAAGAAAAGGUAAAAAAAACAUUGCAAUUUAUUGAGGAUGACAAACUGUUAGACGCACAUCAAUGCUUGCAUGAAUUAGAAAUUUCAAGAGAUGAUCUAUUAUAUGAAGUUCAUAUAGAACCAGAGAAGUAUAGUGGAACAGUUGAUAAAAUAACAUUAAGAAAAUAUUUUGAUAAGGUUGAUCUUAUACUACAACGUUUACAAGAAAAAAUUCGAUUAAUAUUAAGUCGAUGUUUGCAUAUAGUACGAAUAAAGCCAACAAUGAUUGUAACUACUUUACGAAUUAUUGAAAGAGAAGAAAAUUCUGAUGAAUACGCUUUACAGCAACAAAAAUUUAGUGGAUUUUUACCACCAGGUCGACCAAAAAAAUGGCGAGACAUGGCAAUGAAUAUUUUAUACAAAGGUGUUGUUGAUCGCAUAGAAGGUUCAAAAUUGGAGAACCGCUCCGAAAAAUUGUGGCUAGUAAAAGACUUGGAAAUUACAAGAAAAAUUAUUUUAAAUGAUUUGCGCCUUAUAAAGUCUUUAUGUACUCCAUGUUUUCCACCCGAUUACAACAUUUUUCAUCAGUAUAUCAAAUUUUAUCAUAAGGCUUUAGCCAACUAUUUAAACAGAAUAAUUAAAAGUAAAUUAGAGGGAAAUGAAUACGUAACUUUAUUAUCAUGGAUUCUUAACACAUACAAUGGUUCAGAAUUGAUGUCACACUCUGAUUUGAAAAUAGAUUCUUCUAAAAUAACUGGACCGCUCUUGCAACCAGAACAGUUAAAGAAAUUAGAAACUGACUAUCUAGAAAUUAUAGAAAGAAAUUAUCAGGAAUGGAUGAAUAAUAUACUAGAAAAAGAGAAAGAAGAAUGGCUUUCUAAAAUAACAGAAGAAAAUAUGUUUCAAGAAAACUAUGGUGAAUUUUAUUUAACUUCAGCCCCUUUCACAAUAUUUGAAAUGAUAAAAGAACAUUUAGAAGUAACAAAUACAAUUAGUGCAGACAUUACUUUUGACGCUUUAUUAUUAAGUAUGAGGCGAAUGGAAAUAUUUGCACAAAAUUAUCGUUCCGAUGUUACCGAUUUUAAAUAUCGACACUUGAAAAAUUAUUACCAAAUAAAAUACUUUCAAGAUCAUAUCAUAGCUGUUAUUAAUAACAAUUUAAAAAUGAUUGAAUUAUCCAGACAUUUGAAGUUAUUGUACUGGCCACAAUCACAAGCAAAGCAUUAUGAAAACUUUAAAAGAUUAAUAAAAACUUUUCAAACUAAUAGUGAGGAAGCAGCAGUGUAUUUGGUUGAAGAUGCAUUUAUUGAAAUCGAAAGUAUUUUUAACGAACUUUUUACAUCCAAAUGGUUACAAGAUCGUACAUUAAUCAAAUCAAUUUGUAAAACAUUAGAUAAAUCCUUCUCAAAAUUUAUACAUUUGAAGCCAGAUAAUUUAACACUUGUUAUGAAUAUAGCACAGAAAAUGUUAACUAUGAACUACAUAAAAGCUUUACUUUCGAAAAGAUUAUCAAAACAAUUGAAUGAAAUCGAAAUAAUUACCCCAAUUGAUUUGAUCUUAGCAUUAUCAGAUAUUUUAAUAGCUGAUAUAGAACUUUUAGUUUUGGAUUUAACAACGCUUUUAGGAAACUAUCCAUCAAUUAGCGAGGAUCAUAUUCUCCGAUUAUUUUAUAUUCGCAGCGACAUAAAACCAGCUAUAAUUAGAGAAAAAAUUCAUGAUGCGAUGCAAGCAAAGAAAUCACCAAUAAGCACGGCAAAGUGCGACGAUAUUUUUAAAGAAAUUACUUUUAACAAUAAAUUGUGGUGA